GCUGGUUUUAUUUCAAUGACGCUUUUCGGUAAAAAGAGGGUACCGGAAAAACUUGAUAUCCCGACCAGUUCAGACGUUGAUAGACAGAAUAACCAGCAAGAAGAAAAUAAUAUACCACCACCACCACCACCACCACCACCACCACCACCACCAGCGACACCAAUAGAGGGGCCAACAGCAGAGCAAUUGCAAGACAUAAUUGAGAGACUAAGAGCAUUUGUGUACCCACAAAAUCCACAGGUAGCACCACGACCUCCAACAGUACAAAUGCCAGGACAACCACAACCACCACCACCGACUGAUCUUCCAGCUCCAGGCGGUAAUGAUCCACCAGCUCCAGCCGGUGAUGGAGGGGUGUUGGAAGAUUCGGCACUACCGCGUGACGAAGAUUAAACUUGCCAAGCAAUAUCUAAGAUCCGUAUCACAUUCUGAAAAAAAUAUGCUUACUUAGCUGUGUAUAUUUUUAAAUUUUCAUUAUUGUUUAUCAUAAUAUUAUUGUGUUUGAAACUUUAUAUUUUUCUAAUAACAAUAUAAUAUUCCAAAUAACACAUUUUGUUACCUAUCAUAUAAAUUAUAUUAUUAUGUCUAUUACCUGUCUACCAAUAAAAAUAAUGUUAA